AUGCACAUCUCAAUCACUCUCGCUUUAUUCUUUGGGCUGACUUCAGCUCGAGUGGCUCAUGCACCUGUUGUCGAGUCGCAGAUCGACCAACCUGAAUCUGUCAUCAAUGACAAUACCCUCGCGCCUCUUGAACUAGCUUUAGGACUGAAAAACCAUGUAAAGCUAGCAAAGAGAUCUCUACAAACGCAGACCAGUGCCCCAUGGGGUCUAAGAGCUAUAUCUCACCGAAGUCCGGGAGACUUUUAUGAAGGAUUUCCGCCUCCUGAAAGCUCCAAGUACUACUACGAUGAUAAGGCCGGCGCCGGUACGUUCGCGUAUAUUCUUGAUAGUGGUAUUCGUACCACCCAUGAAGAGUUCGAGGGCCGCGCAAAGGCUGCUCAUAGUAUCUAUCCUGCUGAUCAAACUAUCCACGGGGAUCAUGGUACUGGAGUUGCUGGAAUUAUUAGUAGCAAGACCUACGGCGUUGCAAAAAAGGCGACUCUUAUAUCUAUACAUUUACUAGGACCAGAUGGUUGCACAGGCAGUGAAGCAAUCAACGCACUCCUCUGGGCUGCAGAGGAUAUACUCAAGAAUUCCCGCAAGGAUUCGUCAGUUAUUAAUUUAUCCUUUGGGAUCCCAAAAUUACAGGCACUAAAUACUUUUGUGGAAAGACUUAUUAUCGAGACCGAUGUUCCGAUAGUUGUUGCCGCCGGAAAUGAGGCCGACGAUGCUAGUAACCACUCUCCAGGAUCUGCUGAUGGAGUAAUUAGCGUUGGCCACAUUAACCAACAAUGGGCUAUUUCUGAGACAUCAAAUUUUGGAUCAGCAGUGAGUAUUCUAGCUCCUGGCGUUGGAGUGGAAACUACUGGUGCAGGGAGCGAUACCAAUAUUAUACGGGAAACUGGUUCCUCUUUUGCUACGCCUUAUAUCUCAGGUCUUAUCUUGAAUGCGAUAUCUAUUCAUGGUAUCAAGGGUGCCGCUAAUUUAAAGAAACAUAUUCUGGAGACGGCUAUAAAAGACAAAGCUUGUAUUCCUCCUGAAAAGGAGGACAAGAACAACAGGACGCCAAACUUGGUAGGGAACAACAACAACGCUGAGCAAGACAAAGAAAAACAGGAGGAUGAACCCUCGUCUUCUAGGAUGUUUUGCUGUAACGGGCUGCUGUCAAAGCUGGCUUGUGGUAGAAACAGGCCUAUGAAUGUGUAA